UUGUUUUCUGCUUGUUUUUAAUUAUAAAAAAAUAAAUAAAAUGGGAUUAUUGACAAUGUCGAACUACUUGAUGGUGGCGUUAAUCGCGUUUGUGAUGAUGGUGGACUUGAUUAACGCCGAAAUUCGAUGCCCGACCAGGUGUCUUUGCUUCCGCUCAACGGUCCGCUGCAUGUUCCUACAGUUGGAUCAAGUCCCGGCCGUCCCGGCCAACACUACCAUCCUGGAUUUACGCUUCAACCGAAUCAGGGACAUCGAGCCCAACACGUUCCGGGACAUGAAGAACCUAAACACGCUGCUGUUGAACAACAAUCACAUCAAUCAACUUCAAAAAGGUGUUUUCAACGGCCUCAAAGAACUCAGAUACCUGUAUCUCUACAAGAAUCGAAUCAAGGAUAUCGACAAGCAUACGUUUCACGAUUUGCCAAAGCUCGAACAGCUGUAUCUCCACUUCAACCAGAUCGACCACCUUGACCCGGAGACCUUCUCCAACGUCCCGUCGCUGGAGCGAUUGUUUUUGCAUAACAACAAACUGCAGCGCAUACCCAGCGGUGCGUUCCACAACAUGGAGUCACUCAAGAGGCUGCGAUUGGACAGCAACGCUCUCAUCUGCGAUUGUCAAAUGUUGUGGCUGGCCAAAAUGCUGCAAGAGAAACAAGGAACGACUCAGGCGGCCGCCAUCUGCCAGUCACCCGAUCAGCUUAACGGCCGCUCCGUGACUUCCCUCAUUGAAGAAUUCAAUUGCAAAAAACCGGUCCUGACCGAAGAGCCUACCGACGUUGAAAUUACCUUCGGCGGUACCGUUUAUUUUACCUGCAAAGCAGAAGGCGAUCCCGAGCCGGAUAUCGUCUGGCUCUACAACAAUAACGAAAUCAGCCCCGAUGACGAUCCCAAGUAUCAGGUGUUGCAAGACGGAACGCUGAUGAUCGAAAACGCAUCGGACAGCGAUAUGGGCUCGUACGAGUGCAUGGCAAAAAGUCCAGCUGGCGAAGUGAAAUCUCGUUCUGUUCACAUGAAACCGAUAUUAGCCAACAGCCACAACAACAACAACUCCACCAAAGUGAAACCAAAGUUCGUCGUAACACCUGAAGAUGUAGACGUACAAGACGGCUCGUCUGCCCGACUCGAUUGCGAAGUCGCCGGCCAUCCUAGACCGGUUAUCACCUGGACAUUCAACGACGGCCCGGUCGAUCGCCAAAGAACCGAAUUAUUAGCCAAUGGAGGAUUGGUUAUCCGACAGGUACGACAACGAGACGCUGGAACAUAUCGCUGCACUGCCGGCAAUUCCUUGGGAAAGAUUUCAGCACCUGCCCAGCUGAGAGUCCUCAGUGGGCCGGUGUUUAGCGACUGGCCUCGCGAUCAGACGACCUUCGAGGAGGCCACGGUCGAGAUGGGAUGCUCAGCUGAUGGAUAUCCGUCUCCAGGGUUGGUCUGGACUAAAGACGGCGCUCCGUUGAUGCCCGACGCUAGAACAGCCAUCGGACUAGUUCGGAUCCGUAUCGAACGUGUCCAGCUGAGCGAUCAGGGACGUUAUCGAUGCACAGUCUCCAAUCAGGUGGCCACGUUAGAAGCUGAAGCUCUUCUGACUGUCAUUCCGUCCGUCAGACCCACGCCUAGUCCGCCCCGGCCUGCGGCCGUGCCUCCAUCGUCGUCCAUUCAAUCGACCAAUCGCCGAGCGCCGUUCUUUGUCCGCACGCCCGAAUCCAUCGAAGUGCUGACCGGCAAUUCGGUUGAAUUGCUUUGCUCUGCCGAUGGUGAUCCAGCACCGACCAUCGUCUGGCGUAAAGACGGCCAAAAUAUGCGCCAAUUGACGCACGUCAUGCCGAUGGGCAACGGAAGUCUCAUCUUCCGGCAGGUGCAACUGAGCGAUGAAGGCACUUACGAAUGCACGGCCUUGAAUGAGAUGGGCGUGGUGGUUGCCCGCGCACGAAUGAGAGUCAGAGAACGCCGCUCGGUGAGUAAUCGUUUGGUCCUGUCGGCCGUGGAAGAGGCCCGUCGUGCUGUCGAUCGGGCCGUCAAUGAAACGAUUGCCGCUUUGUUUAAUCGCGAUCGUUCAUCACGGCUGACUCACAGCGAACUCAUCCGUCUCAAUCGAUUCCCGACGGCCACAGCUCGUGAAUUAGCCCGCGCCGCCGAAGUUUACGAACGCGCAUUGGCCGUUGUCCGUCGCCACAUCGAGAGCGGCCACCAGUUCAAUGUCACACGUGAAUUCUCUUACGAAGACGCGCUCAGUCCCCAGCAGCUUGACCUCAUCGCUAACGCGUCCGGCUGUUUGACGCACAGGAGAAAACCGGAUUGCAAUGACAUGUGUUUCCAUUCGAAAUAUCGGACGUUCGAUGGCACUUGCAACAAUUUUCAGCAACCACUUUGGGGCUCUUCUCUCACGGGGUUCCGGCGUUUGCUGAAACCGAUUUACGAGAACGGAUUCAAUUUGCCCGUCGGCUGGAGUCGCAGCACUAAUUACAAAGGGUUUACAAAGCCAAGCGCACGGUUAGUUUCCACGCGGGUCGUUACGACCACGCAAAUCACGUCGGACGAAAUUUACACGCACAUGUUGAUGCAAUGGGGACAGUUCCUGGAUCACGAUCUCGAUUUAGCUGUGCCCGGAAUGGCUUCCGAGAGUUUCGGAGAGUUUGUCGAUUGCCGGACGUCAUGUGAUUACUCAGCGCCGUGUUUCCCGAUCGAAGUGCCGCCAAAUGAUCCGAGAAUCCGUCAUCAUCGGUGCAUGGAAUUCGUGCGCAACAGCGCCGUAUGCGGCUCGGGCGCAACGUCGGUCCUUUUGAACACCAUGUUACCGCGAGAACAGAUCAAUCAACUGACAUCUUACAUCGAUGCAUCUCAGGUCUACGGAUCGACUGACAGAGAGGCUCGUGAAUUGAGGGAAGUGCACGGGAACAAUGGUCACCUAAGACGUGGUUUAUUGACGGAAACAGGGGGCCCAUUGUUACCCUUUGCCACGCCCAAUACUCCCGUUGAUUGUAAACGAGACAGAGAGGAAAGUGAGAUCGGAUGUUUUCUAGCUGGAGACGUUCGUGCAAAUGAACAGACUGGAUUGUUAGUCAUGCACACGCUAUGGUUUAGAGAGCACAAUCGCGUUGCGGAUGAACUGCGUGUAAUCAAUCCGCAUUGGGAUGGCGAUAUGCUCUACCACGAGUCCCGCAAGAUCAUCGGUGCUAUUAUGCAACACAUUACGUACGAGCAUUGGUUGCCGCUCAUCGUCGGACAUGAAGGAAUGGUUUCAAUGGGCGAUUACAAAGGAUACAAUCCGCAAACGGACGCUACCAUUUCCAACGUUUUCGCUACGGCCGCUCUCCGGAUGGGACACGGUCUCAUUCAGCCCGUUCUUCAGCGGCUCAAUGCCAGUUUCUUGCCCAUUCCGCAAGGUCAUUUGUUACUCCAGGACGCCUUUUUCGCUCCGUGGAGGUUGGUGGAACAAGGUGGAGUCGAUCCUAUCCUUCGAGGCCUUUUUGCUGGACCUGCCAAAAUUCGUCUAUCUGAUCAAUUACUCAAUGCCAAUCUAACGGAGUCGCUGUUCCGCCCUGCUCAUCUCGUAUCUCAAGAUUUGGCCGCUUUGAAUAUCCAACGAGGACGUGACCACGCCUUGCCCGGCUACAAUGAUUGGCGUCGCUACUGUAAACUGCCAGAAGCCGAAACGUUUGAUGAUCUUCAAUCUGAAAUCCAAAGUCAAGUCCUGAGGGAUAAAUUGCAGCAACUUUACGGACAUCCCAGUAAUAUUGAUAUUUGGGUGGGUGGCAUGGCUGAGGAUCCAGUUGAAGGUGCUAAAGUUGGACCCACAUUCCGGUGCUUGCUGGUCGAACAAUUCCGGCGUUUGAGAGAUGGUGACAGAUUCUGGUACGAAAAUCCGGCUGUUUUCAAGCCGGAACAGCUGACUCAAAUCAAGCAAUCGACGUUGGCCAAAGUCAUUUGCGAUAGCAGUGACGACAUCCUCGAAGUUACAAAAAAUGUUUUCAAAAUGCCCAAUCUUCAAUCGCCAUCUUUCGUCACUUGCAAUGAAAUACCUAAAGUAGAACUGAGAUUCUGGGCCGAAUGUUGCCAUGAAUGCAGCAAUGCUGGCCAAUUCAAUUCCAUUACGCGCCGGACAAGACGCUCUCCCAAUUACUCGUAUCCGGAAGAUAAACCUGCGUAUGGAGAAGCGUCUGUGUUAUCUAUAACAUCUUCGACAUCGGAUAGUUUUUAUAACAAUUCGAUCCCCGGCGAUGAAGAGUCCUCUCGAAAACGAGUCGAUCCUCAAGUGUUCCGUCAACAGUCAGAGCAACCGGACGAGCGAAUCGAAGGAUUAGAAGCCAUGAUAGCUAAGAUGCAGCGGACUCUAAAAAAAAUGUCCCGAAAGUUGAAACACGUGGAGAGCGUUUGCCUCGACAAACCGAUCAAGAAGAAACAUGGAACGAAACAUUCACAAACGAAUUGUUUGGACAGCGAUGGCGUGUCGCGGGAAAAUGGGGAAUCGUGGGACAAGGACAGCUGUACCGAAUGCAACUGCCUGGGAGGAUUUAUUCGAUGCACAACUUUGCAGUGUCCUAUUUGCGAGAAUCCUCGUCAAGUAGAAGGUGAAUGUUGCCCACUGUGCGACGUCGAGUGAUUACGAUCGUCUUUGUUUAAUGUUUGGAAGGCUCUCUAGUGUGACUCGCAUUUGUAACGUGAAAACACGUUUUGUUUGUUUUAUUUUGUAUACUAAACGAAGGAAGAAAUGUGUGCGACGUUCCAGUGAUUUUCUACUCAAAACAAACAGUCGCAAAAAAAAGGGAAUUCAUCGUUUUCAUAGCCAAAAGUCUUUUAGUUUUGCAACUAAUCUCUAAUGCCAACUCUUUUAAAUCUUUGUUUUUUCCCGUUCAAUACUUAAAUAUAAGGAGGGCUUUUUUUUUUUUUUUUUUUGGAAAUUCCAUAUGAUGUUUCUUGUCAAUUGCAAGUCGGACCGGCCUUUCCUGGUUAUUCAUUUUCAUCGCUUCUUGCCAGUUGCCACUCCAGUAGCGUAUAGCAGAUUGGACGCUCAACUCACUGUUUAUUUUUAUUCCGAUUGUUGGUAAUGAUAAGGUGUUCACUUUAUUUGGCAGUGACUGGCGUCUGGUUCUGAUCAAUAAACAUAUGGCUCAUUUC